GUGAGGCGUGUCUGUGUGUAGUGUUUGUAUGCUUUAGUGAUUGAAUGCAAACGUAUUGAAUAUCGCAUUACAAUUGCAUUACAAUUAAAGGUUGUGUUGAGACGACUGUCCCCUCAAUCACUCGACGUAUCAUUGAAUUGAUUUGACAACUGAUCCGUUCAUUUGACAACUUAUUGUCCGCAAUGGCCAGUGAUUUGGAUGAACCGCUGUCUGACACGGAAAAGAUCCGGAUUGUCACUGACUUCAUACUCCAUGCGCCGCCCGGGGAGUUCAGGGAAGUGGUCAAUGAUGUGCGCCAACUCCUCAACAACGACCAACUGCUCAAAGAACAGGCCUCCGGUGUAUUCUCGCAGUACAGCAAAGACCAGUUGACUCCCGUGUCCAUCGACUCCUCGCAAACUCAGACAUUGAUUACGGAAUACAACGAAUUGGGAUCCAAUCGCUAUUACGACCCCCGAAGUCGACAAUCAUUCAAAUACGACCACUUGAAGGAAGAGGCCUCCGAUUACCAGUCGUGGACACCCGACCCAACCAGUGAGCCCUGGAGGUCAGCCUUGGAGGAGGUUUGGAGCAAAUACUGCGCCGACCACUACCACAAUGGCAUCAGUGCUGUGUUUGGGUUGAGUGAAAGCAACGGACAAAUCAGUUUAGCCGCUUGUAUUGAAGACCAUCAGUUCCAGCCUAAGAAUUACUGGAACGGGAGGUGGCGUUCGGUAUGGAGCCUGACGUUCUCGGGUUCGGGCAAAGCGGAGCUGAAGGGGACGAUCAAAGUUCAGGUGCAUUACUAUGAGGACGGGAACGUACAACUCGUCAGUUGCAAAGACAUCAAAGAAAGCAUUUUUAUUAAUAGUGAAAAGCAAAUGGCAGAUGAAAUGCGACAAAUAGUAGCCGAGGCCGAGAAGGAGUACCAGACGGCUAUCUCCGAGAACUACACGACUAUGUCUGAGACGACAUUCAAAGCACUCCGACGACCACUUCCGGUGACCCGAUCCAAGAUAGAGUGGAACAAAAUCAUGAGUUACCGCAUCGGCAAUGAACUCAAACAACACUAACCCUAACAUUGCAUUUGUCUUGACUUAUAUCUAAAUUCAAAUCCGAUAACUAUUUUAACACUCAUUACAAACGCAAAGUUAAUAAUUAAAACAUUUUAUUAUUUGUAAACAAUAUAUUUGACAAAUAUAUGUAAAACUAAAGCGAUUAUCAAUUAAAUUAUGACUUCUUUUACAUUAAAUAAGAUCAA